AUGACACAGCAUCAAGUGGACGCAUGCAUAUCGAUAAGUGACGAAGAGUUAUUAUGUCCAAACAUACAAGCAACAUUUCAUGAAUCGUCAAACGUCAAUAAUUGUGAAAUUGACUUAUUUAACAAUCAAGCUGAACCAAGAUGCGAUAUGUAUCAGCUCAAGGACACAACUGUAUGGUAUCAACUAAAUCAUCCGAAUCAAUGGAUUUACGCAACCAUAAAUAACAUCAAAAUGAAUGCAGUAUGCAACAAGAAAGCAUUUCAAUUAACUUUAGUGGGCAGUGGUUUGAUUAAAUUAGAACCUGAAUGCAUCAUCAAAAAUGAACACAUUACGAUUCAAGGUCAUCAAAAAAUGGUUACUUCAAUGCAGGCAUCGAUCACCAGAUUGAACCUAUCUGUAGGAUGGACAAAACAAUAUGCGAGCAAUAACAUCAGCGUCAAACCAUUGUCACCCACAAUCCAUGAGCUUGAACUUAUUCAACGAAAAUUAGGCCACAUCCAGAGUUCCAGUUUUCCAACUGAUGCUAUUAGUCCAGGGACACAUAGUCUAAUAACCAGCUACGUUGCAUUAGCAAUGUUUCUAUGUGUCGCUAGUGCACUAUUAUAUAUAUGGCGAAGGCAAAAAAUCACCUAUCAAACACCUCCAAUACCGAUGCCACGACAUCAGCAGAUGACCGAGGAUACAGCAUGUUGA